UUGUGACAUAACACAUAACCUUUUCAUUUCUUCAUUUAAAAUAUAAAAUGAAUAAAAUAUACAAAGAGAUUGCUAAAAACAUAUUUACCAAUGCGUGCAGGCGAGGUAUCCACAGGAGCACUAUGUUACAUAUUCCUGGUGCCUAUGAGGGUGAAGGAAAAACUACAAUUCAUAUACUUAAUAAAGAGGCAGAGCUAGGUUUAAUGAUAGAUGGGUACAGUCAGGUUGGGUUUCGCUUGAACAAUGACAUGACUAUUCUAGGACCUAUGGUUAUAUUUUCAAGAUCUGUUUUGUCUUGGAACGUUGAAGAUAUAUCGGAAAUUACGGAAGAAGCUUUUAGUUUAUUUUCGGUAAUAGAACCUAAGUUAGAUAUAAUAGUAUUAGGCGUAGGAGAUAAAGUAGAUAAUUUCAAUUUUUAUAAGAAAAUACUCCCUUUCUCUAAAAAGUUUAAAAUACCUUUUGAAAUAUUACCUACAGACCAAGCAUGUGCCACUUUCAAUUUUUUGAAUUCGGAAGGCAGAUAUGUUGCAGGAGCUAUGAUACCACCGAAAACCAUAGCAGCUACAGAGAAUGACGAAUUACUUAGUAAAAUGAGGUACCAAAAUUUAUAUGAUAGAGAAUAAAUAAAAUUUGCUGUUAAAAACA